UCCUCUCUCUCUCUCUCUCUGAGCGCUCUGGAUCGAUUGGAUCAUCCAUUCGUGUUUGUUGGAAGCUAAAUCGAGAUGGCGGGAGCUGAAGAGAUUGAGAUUUGCGAAGAAGGAGAGGAAUCCAUUGAAGCAGAAGCUAAAACUGAGCGAGGAGAUGAGAAGGUGUUGCAGUUCUUGGAUUCGUUGGAUGGGUAUCUAACGCUUAUGGAUUCUCUCAAUUCAAAGCUUCGAGAGGGAUGGUUUGAUCUAGCUAGUGCUCGACACUCUAUGGGAACUUUACGUAUCAACACCACUCUCUUGGACCUCAAGGAUCAUUCCGCUUCUUCCACAUUGCAAGUCACAGACCAAGAGGUUGAUGAAUCUUUGGGAUCGGUACCUCGUUUUGCUUUGUCCAAGUGGGCUUCUAAGGGCGGUAGUGGGAAAGGCAAAGACUUCUCUACUGUUGCAGAUUCGGAGAUGGGCUCUCCUCGUAGCCCACAGCUACGGCAUCGAGGCGUUUCUGAAGAGAAACCAUCAGCCAAGGGUGAGACCGUGUUAGCAGCUGAGAUUAAGAAAGAACGAGCCAAGUCUCUGUCGGUAUUCGGAGGUCUAGUCUCGCCUAAGCUGCGUGGUGCUCAACUUUCAUUUGAGACAGCUCUUGAAACUCUUGUUGAAAUAGCCAACACACGAGCAGCCAUGCUAACUGCCUUUGAGCGGAUCACAAAGAAGUAAAAGACAGAAUGUGCCAAUGCGUUACCUCAAUUUUCAGUUUGUAACUACCACAUUCUGUGUAUCUUUUUUUUAUCAGAAUUGCUUACCGACAUUGAGAUAAAGAAAUAUCAAAUAAUAUACAACAUUUUGGAGCA